GCCGGAAGCGGCCGCAGGAGCCGGAGCCGCGGCAGGGCUGGGGCAGGAGCAGGAGGCAGGGGGGUCCCUGCAUUGCAUUGCAUUGCAUUGCAUGGCAUGGCAUGCAGCCAGUAAAACCCGAGUGUGUUCAGCAUGAUCCAAAACUGCAGUCCGGUGGUCCAGGCGCUGCUCGGGACUUUAUUUACCUGGGGGCUGACAGCUGCUGGCUCUGCGCUAGUCUUUGUAUUUUCCAGUGGCCAGAGGCGAAUCCUAGAUGGAAGCCUGGGCUUCGCUGCCGGGGUCAUGUUAGCUGCUUCUUACUGGUCCCUCCUGGCUCCUGCCAUUGAAUUGGCUGAAGAUUCUGGGAAUUUCGGGGCUUUUGCUUUCUUCCCGGUAGCUGUUGGCUUCACCCUGGGAGCAGCUUUUGUCUACUUGGCCGACCUCCUCCUCCCAUUGCUGGGCAUCAGUGAACCUCCCCAUGCCGCCUUGUCUAGGAGCUACGAUCCGAGAGCGGUGAAAGAGAAGUAUGACCCCGAGCCGACUUAUCACCAGGACUACGGGAAUGAGCUCUCCAUCCGGAUAGGUAGAACUGGGCUUCAUUCAGACAGAGGUGAAAACGGGGAGCCCUAUCAGAGGCGGAAGGGCGUUGGAGCCAGCCAGUCAGAAGUCCCAUCUGCAUCUCAGACUUCUGGAGACAGCGCGUUGACCCCAGGAAGUAGCAGUUGGAGGCGAAUUAUGCUGCUCAUUCUAGCUGUAACGAUACAUAACAUUCCAGAAGGUCUAGCUGUUGGAGUUGGAUUUGGGGCUGUUGGGAAGUCAGCAUCUGCAACCUUUGAAAGCGCCAGGAACUUAGCAAUUGGGAUUGGAAUUCAGAAUUUCCCAGAAGGCCUUGCUGUCAGCCUUCCUUUGCGUGGCGCCGGAUUUUCAACAUGGAGAGCAUUUUGGUACGGACAGCUAAGUGGCAUGGUGGAACCUUUAGCUGGUGUCUUCGGUGCCUUUGCCAUGGUUCUGGCAGAACCCCUCCUCCCCUAUGCUUUGGGCUUUGCUGCUGGUGCUAUGGUCUAUGUGGUCAUGGAUGACAUCAUCCCAGAAGCACAAACCAGGCUCUGUCGCGAGAGAGGGAAGAGAAUUCUGGGACACGAACAGGAAAAGCAGCUGCUGCUGGAGCACAGGCCAGGACGGUCUCUGCAGAAGGGGCUGCGUUCCACCUAGUAGCCCUUUGGGAAGUGAAAUUCUGGGAAGCUUUGCUUGGGACCCCUCAGUUUGCAGAAGAGGAACUCUCCACCUGCAAGACCCGAAGUAGAGGCGUUGGGAGAAAAAAGCUCAGGUUUUGGAGGCUGUGGUGGGAUCUUUCAGCUAGCUGCCCCCACCAUGGAAAUGGUCUCCUGACCAGCUGCCCACAGUGCAGUUACUGUGGUUCAAUUUCUCCGCUUUGCCCCGUUUUUUCUGCUUUCCUCAGCUUCCUGCUGGCUCUCACUUACCUCGGAGACUCCCACACAGAGAUGGGACUUAACCAGCCUCCUUCAAGACACACUCUUCUGGGCCUUUAGACUUGGAAAUUCUCCUCUUGGCCAGGAGACUUUCAGGCCGGAUAUGUUGGGGUGAGCAGCUAUGUGCUUUUAAGCCAAACGGGAGCUUGAUUUCCCUGCUCUUUGAAAAGAGCCCACUGUUGGCCCGUUUCCAUGGAAGCAGCCACGGAAUAUUUUUUCCCCCUCUCUCCCUUCUGACUUCUUUGGGUCUUGGUCCUGUACGUGUGGCUGGUUUAUGACCCAGUGCAGAGAGCAUGAUGCAGCCCCUUACCGUGGCAGGAGCAAAGGUGAAAACAUCUAAGUCCUUGCGACGCUGGGAGCUGAAUGCUCGGAACAGCUGUUGGAAAGAGAGCAUAUUGGCCUGUUUGCUGGGACAGUCGCAUGAGAUGCAAAUCCUCUCAUGGUGUAGGGAGAAGACUUGCUGUGUGGUCCUGCAUACGUCAGUCCAGCACAAGCCCAAGGAAACGCCAUCUAAAACAGAAGGGGCCAACGCAUCGCUGCAGCCUCAUUUAAAAAAUAAACCAGGUUGGCUGGGGGACUAGGUGAAGGAACAUGGGAGACCUGUAACCACAGUGAGGGAGAAGAUCAAGACAACAGUACCAAGUUGGGGAACUGUCACCAUCACCAUCUAUUAAAUGUCUCUUUUUAAAAAAAUCCUUUGCCUCUCUUGCUACUCAAUUCCUUCUGCCUUCGCUCUGAGACCUCUGCACUGGGCCCUGUCAGACAGCUGGAGAGUGGAAGUGUCUGAUAUAAAGCUGGUCAGCACCUUGGCAACAAUCUCUACACUUUAGUGUUCGAGAUGGGAAGUUUUGCUUUCUCCUAUAUCCCACCCACCCACCCCUAUUAAAGGGCACAGCCUGGCACAGUGUGAGCAGGACUUCAGGUUCCAACAUGCUUCCUGUUCAAGUGGCAACUCUGAAUUUGAAUGCCUUCCCUUUAAUGUGUGUGGUUUUCAACUCCCAAACCUGAGUGUUGUCAUUUCUCUACCCCUACCCCCAAUAUUCAUGCAAAGCACAAGAAGGUGCUCUGUGGAACUAUACAGUAGUUAGAGCUCUUCUUAAUACAGAGAUUGAAAAUAUUUUUUGAAACGGACAAGAUUUAUGCCCUGUUCAAUGAGAAAAUAGCUCCUAUGGAGAAUUGAAGACAAGUUAGAAUAAAGACUGUAUGUUUAAUAUGAUUGAAUUCAGUGUGUGAUGCUGCUGCUUCUCUUAUCAAGGCCCUAGAUCAGAGAUCUACAACAUUUCAUGGUUUAAGUUUGUGUGGUUUCCUGCAUAUCUAUUGAAUUGGUAUCCCAAUGCUGUGGCUUCCUGCCCCUGCUUUGCGUUUUGGGUUCAGACUUGCAGGGAUUCAGUCAGAAAUACUGUAUGUCACAUAGUUUUUGACUUGAAACUAUCCUUUGGCCCAGAAUUGCUCAAAAGGUUUUGAGACCCUUUUCGUGCCCUUAGGCUGAUAUUUGAGAGUUAUGAAAUCCUGAAUCAAAUGGUGGUUGAGUGGCUUGUGGUUUUGUAGUGAUGGUUUUGUGUGGCUCAUAAUGAAAGAUGUAGGGAGCCAGUUUCACCUUUGUUCAUUUAAUUAAGGAGCCCUGUUUUGCUGAUGGGCACAUCGAUUGCCAUUUGGUGGGCCAUUUCAUGUACCUAAGUGCCCAGCUGCAGAACUGGAGUCUGUUAGGGAUGCAGAAUAGAUGUGAUUAUAAGGAUGUUCUUUCCUCCAUUUUUCCAAUGACUCAAAGGCAGGUCAAAUGUUCGUCUUGAGUCUCCUCUCGCCUAUACAAGCCUAAAAUAGAACAACUUGGUGGAAGUUGUUAGUCACACUGGUGCAAGCGAGAGGAGACUCUGACUGUGUGCAAACGAAUCCUAAAACAGUCUCCUCACCCCCCCCCCCCCGCCCCGUCCUGUAGUGCUGUCUUGUGGCAAUGAUGUACUUACAAGGUACACAGAGGAUCCAAAGGAUAAGUGGAAAGAGCUAAAUUGGCUUGAAGGCAAGAGAAAUCCUGUAGUUUUAUUCCGUGCUGGAGUGCUUUUGAAUGGUUGUACCAGUGUUUCUCCUCCUGGAUGCAUGAAGAGUUGAGCGAAGCUCAGUGUCUUGGCAUUCUGCAGCCCCAGCCUCAAUACAGCAGCAGGAACUAGUAGGAACAGUCCUCAGGAAAAUUAUAGGGUUCCUGUCAGUGAGUCAAACCUGGAUAUUCAGGAUUGCUUGAGUCCCAGGAUUGCUGCCGGCUGAGGAUUCAUCAUACGCUUUUCCGGCUAAAAAUACAGCCUAACCUGUUCAUAGGGAGAGAACGCAAGCCACAGCUCUUAUCCGGCUUGCUGUAAGAGCACUGCUCCAGUGGGCUACUGACAUAGUGUCCCUAAAAUGUCUGUGUGAAGAUUACUCUUUCAGUCAGUGUAAAACCCACCGACCGCACCGUCGCACUGUGCAUUCCGGGGUAACAUACGUGAUGGUGUACGGCAAGUUACACAGGGAGUGUGAGUGUAACCUACCCACGGCGGGAGGAAUGAUGGGCUUAUAGCAGGAAACACAACCAACAGGCAGCUAUAAAAUGUCCACACCCUUCUUACACCCUCCUGUUGGUUGCUCUUCCCUACUACCGUUCUACCCGCCAGCCUCUAUGAUGCACAGCACUCAUCUGAUGGUGUCAUGUUCCCCACCACGUAAAAUCAUGUCCGCACUCGAACUCACUGGGUUAAAAUCUGCUUUGUUACACCAGUGACUUUUUUUUUUUAAAUGGGGCUGCAGAGAUGUAACUGUAUAUUUGCAUUACUGUCGCACCUAGAAGCUUGGCCCCCAUUGUGCUAGGUGCCAUACAAAGAGACAGUCCCUGCCCAAAAUGCUUAUGAGACGAGAGACGACAGAUGGGGGAGCUCAAGGACACAAAAAAUGAGACAAUACAGGUCAACAUAGGAGCGGAGGUUUCAGCACACCACCAGCCAAGCCAUGAUCAAGUUGGUUUUUUUGUAGGCAUCAUGGCAAAGGGAAACAUAUGCAGAACUUGGCCUAUGGGUUGGCAUUUUCAGAAAGGCUUCACACCUAGUGAGAAAAAUGGCCCAGAGUGUCUCCACUGAUGCUUUGUCCUUUUUCUUAAUGCCAGUUUACGCUAACACCCAUGUGUAACGUGUACACCUGCCACCCCGGGGCAUCUCUUUAAUUGUCCCAUCUCUUUUCCGGCAGCUCAAACCAAUUUAUGUCCUUUGCAGCUGCUGUGUUAUGAACAGGCAAACGUAUUUUGGAUUUCUGCCAGGGAAGAUGUGAUUUCGGAGGGUAGUUCAACUUGUGGCUGUGCACGGCUGUGAAUGUUUGUUUUUUCUCUCCUCCAGAAGAGCUAUCCCACCUGUCAGAUAGCGUGUUACUGUAGGAAUGGGCAAACGCUAGAGAACACAGGCUAGGUCAGGGACAAAAGGCUGGAAUAUAGCCCUGGUUGCUGGUUGUUCCCUCCCAGCAGUUGGGUGGCGUCUGUGAAAUAAGUUGGGUGGUUGCAGUCCUUUGCCUUGAGGACAGGCCUCCAUGUGUCCAAAAGAAGCUGCCAUCACAGCUGGCACUAAUUCAUCCUUUUGCUAGUCGGGGAGCAAGGACACUAAAGUAACCUCUAGCAGGGGAGGUAGCUCCAGAGCGGAGAUGAAGGAAGCUGGCAUUGCUUCUACCUCCAAUUGUCGCUCCAGGACCUCUUACCACCACAUCAUUCAAUGCUCUUCUUAUCUGAGUACAAGUCUUUUUAAAAUGAUUGGACCACGGGUGCAGUUGUAAUGAGAUCCGCUUUUUCAUCCAAGUUCUUCUGCACCAACCCCUGCUAUUCCUCUGCUACGUCUCAACUAAACUCGGGGUGUCUCUACAUUCACCACCACCCUAGUUUGUACACAGUUACAGUGGUAUAAAGGUGCUUAAACAAGGAUCGCUCCUUCCUGUAAGGGAAGGGGCAUAAUCUAUACGGUACAAGGCAUCUUUAUAGUGCAGUAAUUACAUCCACACUAAAGGUAGAACUGAUGUAACUAUUUUGGUUUGAAACAAAAUCACCUCUCCUUAUUGAAAUAGUUAUAUGGGGACACGUUCUUUUGGAGGCCUUGUAGGGAAAGGGGAACAUACUUAUACAGGUGGUGGUUGUGUCCAGGCACUAGGUCAGUUUUGGGGGAAAUUAUUAAAGAGAUUCAUCUUAUCACAAAAUACCAGCUUCCUGGAGAUGCCCUGACCCGACUUAUCUAAUGCUCUCGGAAAGGGUCUGCAUUUUAAACAGAACAACGCCUGGAUUUCUUUUUUUAUUGUUAGCAGCAAGAUUUUGUAUUGUGUGUUGUUGGGAAAAAUAUGGCCCCCUCCUCUUAUGGAAUUGUGGUAUUGUAAAAUAUGGACCAUUUUUAUAAUGGGAAAAACAUUCACCCCAAGUGGGUACAUAAGAGAAGCAUCAAAAAGAGGAUAGGUAUUUCGAAAUGUGGUCACUCUUUGUGGUAUUCUAUGAGGAAGAGGCCUCUCCUGCCACCCAGCCAGAAUCUUUAGCCAGCGUCUUUGAAUAUUAACCUGAUCUGUAAUGAGUAGCAGACAAUGUAGCAUGUUCACAUUUUAUUGUAACUUUGCUUUAAUAAAAAGUGAAAAAUAAAAUAGCAUGGACUGGGCCCAAGGCAACUGGUCCCUGGUGUACACCAGUGGGCACUGUGUUGAACCCUUGUAGACUCAUUUGAUUUAUCACAUAAGGUUGAACAAGGUGCUUGAGAAGGUGAGAGCUAAAGCAUUAACCAGUGUGGGUUCCGGCUGAUGCCAAGGGCCUGUGCACAAACUGUAUAAACAGAAUAGGAUGUAAAUUGUUAGAGUAACUUUGUGUGUGACUGAUGAAAUUCAACACUGACAAUUGCAAGGUAAUGCACAGCAGCGGUCAACAAGUCCAACAGAAGGUUAGAACCAUUAGGAAAGGGAUAAGAGAAUAAGACAGAAAAUAUUAUAAUGCCAUUAUACGAAUCCAGGGUGCCCCUACACAUUAAAUACUGUAUCCAGUUCUGGUUGCCCCAUCUCCAAAAGGAUCUAGUGAAACUGGAAGAGGCUCAGAGAAGAGCAACAAAGAUGAUCAAAGGUAUGGAAUGGCCUGCAUUCGAGGAGAGACCAAAAAGAUUGGGGCUGAUCAUCUUAGAAAGGAGACAACUGAGGGGGUAUACGAUAAUGUCUAUAAAAUCACGAAUGGUGAGGAAAAAGUGAAUAGAGGAGUUCUUUACCCUUUCCUACAAUACAAAAACCAGGGAUUUCCCAAUUACAUUAAAAGGCAACAGGUUUAAUACAAACAAGAGGAAAUACUUUGUCAUGCAACGCACAAUUAACCUGUGGAACUCUUUGCCAUGGGACGUUGUGGUGGCCAAAAGUAUAACUGGGUUCAAAAAAGAAAGGUCUAUCAAUGGUUAGAUGGUCAGGGAUACAAUCCUGUGCUCAGGGCAACCCUCAACCUCUGACUGCCAGAAGUUGGGAGCAAAGACCAAGGUGGAUCCAUCCAUAAUUGCCCUGUUCUGCACACUACCCCUGAGGUUUGGGCACUGGCCAGAGUUGGGGACGGUAUUGGGAGAGAUGGACCAUUGGUCUGACUUGGUUUGGCAGUUCUUGUGUUCUUCCUGGGAGCUACUCCUGGAUGAAUCUGCACCUGCGUGGACAUCCUGACUUGAGGUGGUGGUGUCUGUUCCCUGCUCAUGCCAGUGGAGACCGCUGCAGGGGCCGUGCUGGGCAAGGGGAUGCAUACAGCCUUGCCCAGGCUCUGCUGUCUCUCUCUGAGGCAUGUGAAUUACUUCUCCCAGCAGCUUGGAGGAAGUGGAUCCCAGCGCUGCUCAUUGUGAGACUCUUCCCUCUCAGAGUUCAUAACGAAUAUUUACUUCAAAGGCUGUUUGCUCUUCUGGUCGGUCAGUCGGGUAAUCUCAGCUUGUUUAGAGAUGGAGAGUCAACACCAGGCCGGGCCGUUGAGAAGAGAAGGGCGUGGGAGCUAUGCUGCUAUUUUACCUGUGUAACGAAGGAGGAAAACCAACCUGUUUGUUCUUGCUAAUAAAUACAAACGGGAAGCGCA